UUCAUGAACAACACAGCCACAUGUAUGCGCCUGUAUAAUACAACCACACUUCAGCCCUUCCUACCGAGAUACUACACACGAAAAUACAGAUUCGAAAUGUCAGAUUCCGAGACUCAAUGUAAACACCUGGACGUUAGAACGUUCGAUAGCGUUCGAUGUUGCCUCGCAUGCGGCGCGGCAGUUAUAGACCCACCGCCAGCAGAUCCAAGCGAGUUCAGUAUCGAGCCGUUCGAUAUCACAGCCCCCAAGCAGUACGAAUACAAAGACCUUAAUUUCGAACUUGGACAAGAGGUGCGUUUGGUGGUCUUGAAACCAGGAUCGUCUUCGGAACCGAUACGCUGCGAAAUCAUCCACGUCAAUCUAGAGAGUGAUCCUGAUUUCGAAGCUGUGAGCUACACUUGGGCAACGGAAAGGGGCGAUGACAAAAAAUCUGAGAUUAUACACUGCCCUGGAGGUACAGUUAUACCCGUCACAGUGAACUGUGCAGCAGCGCUUCGCCAACUUCGUCACCCCACGCACAGCAGACGACUGUGGAUCGACGCAAUCUGCAUCCACCAGGACAAUGUCCGCGAACGAAUGCAUCAAGUGGGAUUGAUGGGCGGAAUAUAUUCCAAAGCUUUGAGGGUAAUGAUCUGUAUCGGCGACUCCGAGACCGACUAUUCCAGCGCGUUCGAAUAUUUGAAGGGCGAUUCCAAUAACAUUGAUGGUAAGGAACUUGCAAGGCAAAUGCUCACGCUGCGGUGGUUUUGCCGUGUUUGGGUAAUACAAGAAGUAGCUCUCGCAGCAGUUGCCGUCAUGGUAUGCAAUGGGCACACUAUAAUGCUGACAGAAGACGUUGUCGCUCGCAUUUCUGCAAGUCUACCAGCACACCAAAAGCUUCCCGGUCCUUUAUUAUGGAACCCGGGGUCAAAUAUCGGUCGGAAUCAUGAAGGCCGGGAUCUUCUAGCUUGUCUGCAGGCGACUAGGUCUUCGUUGGCAACAGAUCCUAGGGAUAAGAUAUACGGCAUCCACAGCUUGCUGAACCCAGAGUCACGAGCGCUCAUUGACAUAGACUAUGCCUCUGGGGUUGCAGAAGUCUUCACGAAAGCAGCCGCUGUAGUUGUAAGAGAAAGGCAAAGUUUGGACAUAAUCUUAAGGGCUAUCACCAGUCGCAGGGACGCACAUAUAAGCGGUCCUUUGAGUCCUGAUAGCGUCGAUGGAUUGCCUUCCUGGGUUCCUAAUUGGUACCAAGACACCUCUAUUUGGUCUUGUCAAUUCGAGAGUGAAGUUCUGGGUCCGUGGAAGUCCACUGUCGAUCUUGUUGUGGACAAUUCACGAGAGCGGGAACCUCCAACUGAACAGCUUGACUCAAGCGGUGUCACAACCGAGAUGUUGGCUUCGCCUUCGUUCACUCGUCUCCGCGUUCGUGCUCAUUUCAUCGACGUUAUCGUCAGCAUCGACUACGAACAAUUGAUGGGAUUUAUGGCAUGUAGGCAGUUCUUUACUUUGGUACGGCACUUGAUAGAAGGUGCAAUGGAUCCUCUGCAGACGCUCCCACUCGACCAGGAGUUGCCUCAGGAUCAAUACAGACAUGUAAGAUCUGACUCAAAUCGUAUUAUACAACUUAUGCACCGCUGUGGAGUCCCUGGGGGGCAAGAUCUCGGAGCACUGUUCAAGGAGUGGCAGACGCGAUAUUCAUGGCAUUCCUUCGAGAACAGUGGUUACGGUACUCAAACUCGUAACAAUACAGUGUUCCGAACUCGAUACAGUAUCGGACAUACUCCAUCUCACUACACCGCUGAAGCACUCACUAUCUUCGCGGUUGAUGGAGUACGCGAUCCCCUGAUUCUCCAGAAAACGGAAACAAACGAACAUUCAUACAAGAUCAUUGACGGCUGCUACCUGUUAGCAGCUCUAGAGCUGGAUCGUCUGAAUACGCCCCAUUCGACCGGUCUAUGGAAUUAUCGUGGGCCACUGCAUCCUCUUCAUGGAUGGUCUGGAAUGAUUGAAUUGGAAUAG